AUGGGAGUUUUAUUCGGAGUCUCGAUUAGGGAAUCAUUGUCAACAAUGUGGUUUAUGUACAUAAUCAGUUGGAUUUCCUUUAUUUUAAUUGCAUUCUGCUUAACGAUUAGUGUAGCAGCUGGUAUGUAUUAUGUAGCUGAAUUAAUUGAAGAAUACACAAGUAUUGCGAAACGUGUUAUUUAUUAUUUAUUAUUAAUUAUUACAAUUUUAAAUAUACUUUUGAUGAUAUUUGAACGUCAGUUUACAUGGACACUUAUGUGUAUCGGUCUCCUAUCAAAUAUAUUAUAUUUUUUUAUUUUAACGAGUUUUCCUAUUCUUCAAUUUUUAUCGCCUACCUUUCUAUCUGCCAUGGUUCUUCUCAUUCUUCAUCACUAUUUUGCAUUUUCAUUCUUUAAUCAUACUUUUUAUCCAUUUCAUGAAAUAUUAGCCUAUUUUACGUUGUUUGUAUGGUGUAUACCGUUUACAUUUGUUUUGUCUUUAUCUGCAAAUGAUUAUUUACUACCAAAAUACAACGAAGAAAAACGACCAUUUAACAAUAGUCAAGAUAGUGAUUUAAACAAUGAUUUGAUAACAAAUUAUUUUAGCAAACGUGCAAAAAAAUAUGGACUUUUAGCAUUUAUGAGAAAUAUACAAGAAACAAUUUUACCAACAAGAAAUAAACAAUUUUAA